UGCGCAUACGCCGGUCGUUUCGCCUUGUGAAAUCGAAACUGCGUGCGACGUUAACCAUACUGAGACUAGGUGAAUACGUGUUGUGCUGUGAAUUAAUUUAUGUGUUCGAAUCAAAAACUGCUAGUUUGAGAUGGGCUGUGGUCGAAUAUUCGCGGCGCUCCGCCGCUGCAAACAAUUAGAAGGGGAUACCACAUCACAGCUGGCCAGGUGUCUGGGACUAGUGGACCUGACGGCUCUCGGGGUCGGCAGCACCCUAGGCCUGGGAGUGUAUGUGCUGGCUGGUGCUGUGGCUAAGACAGUGGCGGGACCAGCUGUCACAUUAAGCUUCUUAGUGGCUGCUAUUGCCUCCGCUUUUGCUGGUCUGUGUUACGCAGAAUUUGCAUCGCGAGUACCCAAAGCCGGUUCAGCUUACGUCUACAGCUACGUCAGUGUUGGAGAGUUCAUAGCGUUCACAAUCGGUUGGAACCUGAUCCUGGAGUACGUCAUCGGAACGGCCAGUGUUGCUAAAGGCAUGGCCAAUUAUAUAGACAGCCUAUGCAAUAACACCAUGGCAAAAACCAUGACUGAAAUCGCGCCUAUCAAUGUCAGCUUCCUUGCCGAUUAUCCUGACUUCUUUGCAUUUGCUUUGGUACUGCUUAUUACUGGUCUACUCGCCUUCGGUGUGAAGGAGUCCACAAAACUGAACAACGUGUUCACAGCACUGAACAUGAUCACUGUCAUUGUGGUGGUCAUCGCUGGAGCUGUCAAAAGUAAUCCAGAUAACUGGAGGAUCAAACUAGAGGACAUUCCACCGGAAUAUAAGGAUAAAGCGGGAGAAGGUGGUUUCAUGCCUUGGGGAGUUGCCGGCGUGAUGGCUGGUGCUGCCAAGUGCUUCUUCGGCUUCGUGGGCUUCGAUUGCGUGGCUACAACCGGGGAAGAAGCAAAGAACCCUAAAAGGGACAUCCCACUCUCUAUCGUGAUGUCGUUGGUCAUAAUUUUCGUGUCUUACUUCAGCAUCGCUACAGUACUGACAAUGAUGUGGCCAUAUUACCUACAGGAUGCGGACGCACCUUUCCCACACGUCUUCACAGAAACCGGUCUGCCAGUCAUCAAGUGGAUAGUGACAGUUGGUGCGAUUUUCGCGCUGUGUACCAGCCUCCUGGGCGCCAUGUUUCCAUUACCUCGGGUGUUGUACGCAAUGGGCACUGAUGGAGUUCUCUUCAGACCUUUAUCAGCUAUCAAUGGUUGGACUAAGACUCCCGUGCUUGCGACUAUUCUUAGUGGCUUGUUAUCAGCAUUAAUGGCGGCGAUCUUCAACUUGAACCAGUUAAUCGACAUGAUGUCUAUUGGAACUCUUUUGGCGUACACUAUAGUUGCUACCAGCGUGCUUAUACUUAGGUACGAGGAUACAGAUGAAGUAGCGAGCCAUCUGCAGCGGUCAACCAAGCCUGUCCCGGAGACACCGUACACGGUUGCGCGGCAGACAUUCAACCUGCUGGGUCUGAAGACACCUACCAAUUUGUCAGCCAUAAUUGCCAAAAGCACUAUCUUCAUAUUUUUCUUGGUAGCGCUGGUGACGUGUGUGGUGGCGCAGUGGGGAGGCGCGGGCGGGAACGUAGUGCUGGGAGUGCUGGGGGCCAUGCUGCUCGUGCUGCUGGCCGUGCUGUACCGGCAGCCCAGGCACAGCGUGCGACAUCUCAGCUUCACAGUUCCUCUAGUGCCAUUAAUCCCGUACCUAAGCGUGUGUAUGAACGUCUACCUGAUGGUCCAACUCGACUCACAGACGUGGAUCCGGUUCAUCAUAUGGCUGGCGAUAGGUUACCUCAUAUACUUUAUAUAUGGAAUUAGAAACAGUUCAUUGAACGAGAAAAAAAUACCAAUAGCACACAGUAAUGGCAAGACAGAAGACAAGCAUGACAUGACCACGAAGUUUUGAUCGUCCAAUCAAAUCAAAUUAGGAUCUAAGCUAUGUAUAUAUUAAUAUAGU